CUGUGUUGUCGAUUGAAGAAUAAACACCUCAUUCAAGAAGGUAAUUUACCAACUACAUCCAAAUCGUAGUUUUUCAGCUUCAUGUAUAGCCAAAGUAUUUUAUACCUAUUUGGACAUUAUGGAAUUGUUAAGAAGAUUUAGGAAAAAGCCAAGAUAUUCAGACAUGUUACCGGAUGAUGUUUUGAUAAAGAUAUUUGAAAGUUUAACAAUUGGAGAACGUUUGAAAGCAGAGAGAACUUGUACACGAUGGAGCUAUCUGACAAAACUUGCAUGGUCUCAUACGACAUGUGAAGAAGUAUGUAACUACUUCAUGAAAAAGAGAAGACUGACGGCAGACCGCGUAAUACUCGUCCUCAGUAGAUGUGCACAGUACCUUACUCACAUAUGUUUAAAUCGAUCUCAUCAUGCAAUAAAAGGCAUAGAAAACGAAGAAAAGGCACAGGAAUUAUUCGAAGUAUUAAGAAGAAAAGCUCGAAAAUUGGAAAGAAUACAAUGGGAUUUCAAUGUCCCCGCGGAUACGCUAGUAAAGUUUUAUUUUACAAGGAUAAAUCUACUAGAAAACUUUGAUGACACAGGCUUAUUUAAAGAGAUAGAGUUCAAAAAAUUAUUGGAUUUACUAGAAAGAGCGAGAAACCUGAAAUUUUAUACCUGGAAUGUAGGCAACGGUGAGCUGAGGCGGAUCAACUAUGCUCAAACAGUAUUCGAUAAAUUACCACGCGAUUUAAAAAGUUUGAAAGUAAAUUGUACGGUGAACCUUUUCUGGAUGAAAAUCAUAAUCCAACACUUGCACAAAUUUGAAAACCUCACGGAGUUUUCAAUGCGGGGCACUUUAAUGUAUACACAGGAUCAAGCAGAUCGAAGGUCUAUUUUUACAUUUGACCAUAAUGCCCAAUUACCAGCAUGGUUAGAGCAGGUUGAAAUCGAUGGGAUAUUUCCAGAUGAUAAAAUCAAUUUCUUGCGCAAACUAAAAUCAUUGCGGCACUUGUCGCUCACUUUUGGAAGCAUUACCCUAGAUGAUUUGCAUUUAUUAAUCAACAACAAUCCACAACUAGAGCACUUAGUAUUGCGUAAAAUGGACGAUUUCGAAGAGGAAAAAUUUGAGAUUGUAUCUCAAUUGCCAAAUUUAAAAUUUCUACGAUUGGAAAAUCUACCGAGGCUGCAGGGAACUUCAUUAAUGAAUUGUAAACAAAUUCAAGGAAAGGAAUUCCUCUAUUACGUUGGAAGUUUUUAA